ACGAGUAGGCGUGGCUAAUUUUUAAUUGAAAAUGGAUGUAGCUCUUAUUGUCUUCAUUCUUGCUGCUACCUUUAAAAUAUUAUUAUUUCCUGCAUAUAAAUCAACUGAUUUUGAAGUACAUAGAAACUGGUUGGCCAUUACUCACUCUCUCCCUGUAUCACAGUGGUAUUAUGAAGCUACUUCAGAAUGGACACUGGACUAUCCUCCUUUUUUUGCUUGGUUUGAGGCAAUACUCUCACAGGUUGCUGGUCUUAUUGAUCCAACCAUUGUCAACAUUAAUAAUUUAUAUUACAAUAACUUCACUGUUGUGUGGUUUCAAAGGAGUACUGUCAUUAUCACUGAGCUUGCACUUUGCUAUGCUAUAAUGGAGUACUGUAGAGUACGUGAAGGUUUCACGAGAGGUCAAACACAAGUUAUGAAGUUUGUGCUCAGUUUCCAACUGCUAGCAAACUUUGGACUAGUGAUAAUUGACCAUAUUCAUUUUCAAUAUAAUGGAUUUUUAUUUGGAGUUCUUCUGCUUUCGAUUACAAGGAUAAUUGAGGGCAGACAUCUUGAGGGUGCUAUCUGGUUUUCUAUUCUACUCAAUCUAAAGCACAUAUUCUUAUACAUAUCUCCAGCAUAUUUCAUUUAUCUAUUGAAGCACUAUUGCUUUACAAAGUCUGAUGACCAGCACAAAAAAGUUGAGACUCCUUUGUUACGUCAGUUCAGAGUUGACAGGUUUCUACUGUUAGGCACUCUUAUCUUAACAGUAUUUAUAUUGUCAUUUGGACCAUUUGUUACUAUGGGUCAGUUAGGUCAAGUGUUGAGCAGGUUGUUUCCAUUCAAGAGAGGAUUGUGUCAUGCAUAUUGGGCCCCAAACUUCUGGGCACUGUAUAAUGUGAUUGACAAGACACUUGCUAUAAUAGCCACUAGAUUAGGUUAUACUCUGUCCAUUACUGGUAGCAUGACAAGUGGUUUAGUUGGUGAAAUGUCUCAUCAAGUCCUACCAUCAGUUCCACCAAUAGUAACACUAAUAUUGACACUCCUAACAAUGAUCCCUCCACUGCUCAAGUUGUGGUUCUCUAAAUCCUCCAGUCAAGAUUUCAUUAAAGUGAUUGUGUUGUGUGCCUACUCAUCUUUCUUGUUUGGUUGGCAUGUGCAUGAGAAAGCAGUUCUAAUGAUAACAAUACCAAUGAGUUUGCUGGCAUUAGAGGACAAGAAAUUCACAAGGAUAUAUCUACUACUAUCAGCUAUUGGUCACAUCUCACUUUUCCCUUUGCUUUAUACUGCAGCAGAGACGCUAAUCAAAGUCUGUUUGUAUGCUUUAUUCACAAUCAGCUCAUUCUUUGCCCUUCCAAUGUUAACCCUUGAUAAUGCAAAAGAAGACAAGAAAAAGACAAGUAAACCUAAUCCUACACGCUCCUGGCUCUUGUCAUUUCCUGCCCUAACCACUACUGAUAGUUUAUUACUAUCAAUUGUAUUGCUAUUUCAGAUAUUUUGUUUGUGUGGGUCUUUUGUAAAAUUUCCUUUUCUUCCUCUUCUCCUUACAUCAGUGACAUGUUCUGUUGGAAUUCAUUGGACAUGGAUAAUGACAUUGUAUACCUAUUUGUUUAACUAAUGAAAUGAAAUACAAUGGUAUAAUUUGUAAGGCAA